UUGUUCUCCCACUCUAAUCUUUCUUCUUCUUCAAUGGGAGUCGUGGUUGUCGCCGCUGCGAUUCGCUUCUCCUCUCAUCCUCCUCCUCUUCCUCUUCCUCUUCCUCUUCGUCUUUCCCUCCCCUCCUCCUCCUCCACGCUCUUCUCCGUUCCCCUUCGCUCUCGCCCCAUCCUUCGCUCCGUAUCCAUGGCCUCCUCCUCCUCCGCCUCCGCCUCCGUCGGUGCAGAAACUUCUUAUGAGUCAGGAAUGAAGUUAUCUUGCUUUGACAUUGUUGGAGAAAAUGAUCUGCUGAUUGUGGGCCCAGGUGUUCUUGGUCGGAUGGUAGCUGAAAAGUGGCAACAGGAGCAUCCAGGUUGCAACGUUUACGGUCAGACAAUGAGUACAGAACAUCACAAUGAACUGACUGCACUUGGUAUCAUUCCCUCCUUAAGGCAAUCAACAAUGGCGAAGAAAGUUCCUUACGUUAUUUUCUGUGCUCCUCCAUCUCGCACUGAAGAUUACCCUGGCGAUGUUAGAUUUGCAGCAUCAAAUUGGAGUGGUGAAGGUUCCUUCUUGUUUACAUCCAGUACUGCUGUUUAUGAUUGCAAUGACAAUGGUUUCUGCGAUGAGGAUUCUCCAGUCGUGCCAAUUGGUAGAAGUCCUCGGGCUGAUGUCCUUUUAAAAGCAGAAAAGGUUGUUCUGGAGGUUGGAGGCUGCGUGUUGAGGCUAGCAGGGCUUUAUAAAGAAGAUAGAGGUGCCCACACUUAUUGGUUGCAGAAAGGAACUGUUGAUAUGCGUCCAGAUCAUAUACUGAAUCUUAUUCAUUAUGAGGAUGCAGCUUCCCUUUCGGUAGCAAUCAUGCAGAAGAAGCUUCGUGGACGUAUCUUUCUUGGUUGUGAUAAUCAUCCUUUAUCCAGGCAAGAACUAAUGGAUUGCGUGAACAAUAGUGGAAAGUUCAGCAAGAAGUUCGAGGGUUUUACAGGAACCAAUGAUCCUUUAGGCAAGAGGAUAAAUAACUCAAAAACUCGUGCUGAGAUCGGAUGGGAGCCCAAAUAUCCAAGCUUCCCUGAGUUCCUUGGGCUAACAAACUGACCAAGGCUGCUCUUGGUGAUUCAACUAGUGGACCUGUUGGAAGUACGAGCUGCUGUGGGAUCUCAACUCUAUUCUGUCCUCUUUUCACUUGUCCAAACAUUUUGGCGCAUUGAGGGGCUCACAUUUAUCUCAUGUAAUUAUUUAAGACAAAUUGAUACUCUGUUCCUGUAAAUUAUUUUCCAGCAGUUGGAAUUGUCACGCCCGGGGGCCCCUUUGGUUAUGGAAAUAUAUAUAUUUUGAAAUCUUACUUGA